AUGACAUCCAAGUCGGAAAAGCUGCGCAUGUCCACUGAGCCACGCUAUGCCAUCGAGGUCGAGUCCUUUGCAGAAGACGAGGUCGAGCAGUACUUGGCAGAGCUUCUCAGGGCAUACCGAACAUGCUACCCCGACGCUAACGAAGGAGCUCCGUCGCAACCCCGCAACCCCGACCAGGCGCAGAGUAUUCGGCACACCCUCAGGACCCUCUUUGGCCGCCAUCUGAAGUCGGCCGACGACGACCGGUUCCUGCUGCAAGAGGAAGAGGAAGACGUGUUGGAUGCGUUUAUGACAGUGGUCCGUGACAACCGGAUCCUGUCGGGCCUCCAGCGAGGGGCCUUUGUGAGCUUGUUUGAGUGUUUUCAACACCUAGAGGACCUGACGGACUCGUCAUUCGUCAAACGGAUACUCCUGUCCGUGACGACUUCUCAGGGAUCGCUUUUCACGGCGCACUUGCCCGCCCGCAAGUUCAGCGGCGUCAUCCAGUGGAGGCUAGACGAAAUCAAUGGGAUCUUCUGCGAGAUCGCACAUCUUGAGAUUGCCUAA